CAUGCGGCGAUAGCCGAGCGCAAGCUGGACCCGAGCUCAAGCUGUCGGUGCCGACGACAAACAAUUGUUUGUUUGCGUUGACCACAAAUCCUGCACUCAUCAAAACAUAUAUUUCGCGACUCUUCCUCAUUAACACUUAUUUUGCCUUCCUCCUGGUCGCAACAUACGCUCGUUAUGGACGGUAUAUGCUGCUGUGAUGGAGGGCGCUAUGCCAGCGCAGCGGGUGUGCCGUGAAUGUCGCGUCGAGAAACCUCUCGAUCAGUUCUUCGCUGUGCGCGGUAGCAGGAUUGUUACGAAGUGUCUGGAUUGCAGAGGACACCAGAGGGAAUCAGAUAUUGCAUCAGCGACGCGUAUCUCGGCCGCCAGCGCGAUCCCCCGUGGCCCGGUCGCUCCCCCGACAUUGCCAAAUCCGGUUCAUCUCGCGCCCCGUCAGAACCUUACUCAUCGGGUGCUUGCCGGUAUGUACCACCAAGGCGGACGUGUCGAGACAGAUGCGCCGGAGAUGGCGGCUGCUCGUGGGCAGAUUGCGGCCAUCCAGCGACAGCAUCGUGUCCAGCGCCGUCACGGUGAACAGCCGUCGCAGACCCCCACCAUGAGUGGUUUGUUCCGUCAAGAACAGCCGGCGGAUGUUGGGGAUGGCCUCCCCCCGUCUGCACAGCCUAGGCAGAGCCCCGCGGAAGACGACGAUGACAAUUCGCAGGCUUCCCAACCACAGCUCCCCCGACCUGGGCCGGUGCCCUCGCGCCGCCCUCGGUCGUCGUCGUCGCAAUCCCGUGGUCGGCCGCGUGGCCGUCCUCGACUUGGUCGGAUGCCAGUGGGCCGGCCGUCCACUAGAGGCCGUCGCGCCGCAGUAUCUGCGCCCCCUCGCCGCGACUUCGACGAGCCCGGCCCACGGUUCUCGGGUGACGAUCAAGAGGCGCCAUUAUCAUCAGAAGACAUCGCCAUCAAGAGAGAAUUUGACGAGGCGCUCGCCGCUGAGGAUAUGAAACGAUUCCAAGCUCACUCGGCGAGACUCGACGACAAAGGGAGGGGCGGGGUUGAUCCCGCGGCCGACUUCAAGAACUCGCCGGAAGUGUUGAAACAGUUCCAUGACGCGAACCCCGACAAGUCUGGCCCGCCCACACGAUUGCAAAUAUGGUUGGAAAUGGCCGAACGCGACGAGUUCGCGGCGGAUUACAAGGAUGACAACGAACCAGUCAUGGUGGGCGCGCCGUUGAGGCGAUCCAAUAGGAAGAAAAAGUAA